GUGAAAUGGUUGACGUGGAAAGUUUUAUACUGGGGUUCGUCUAUUAUUAUGGUCACGUCAUCGGAGUUAGUAACUUUGAGUUCAACUGGCAUACUGGUCGUGUGUAUACUGCCAAAAAGAGUACAUUCUAUGCAGUCGCUAUCAAUUCCACUAUUUUUAUUUUGUGUACCUAUCACUGGACCGGACAUACCAAUAUUAUUAAUUUGAUCUUCGGAAAAGCAAACCAGCUGCAUGAAUUUGUUACCGUCAUUAUGACGGGUCUAAGGAUUGCCAUAGGUAGUGCAAAAUAUUUCAAGAACUCUUCAGUAAGCUCAUUAUCAACAUUUUCAGGACUUUUUACAUUGAUUCACAGAUGGUAUCAGCGCUGCAAGAUUAUGGAUCUGACGAGAAUGGUGAUUCAAGUAUUUCAUGCCAGGCCGCAGGUGAAAAGAAUGUCUCGCUGGGGUAUUCUUGUCAAGUUUAUCUCUGGAUCUGUGACCGACUUACUCCAAAUGGCGGUCUUAUUGGAUGCCAUGGAUCGUGUGGGCUCUCAGUUCUACUUGGGAAUGGGCCUGCAGUACUGGACGUCGGCUAUACUGAAUCUGGCCAUAUCGCAGCAUUACCUUAUAAUGCUUUUCAUUCGCACCCAGUAUCAGCUACUGAAUACUGAACUCCGCAAGGUGAUUGAAGAAUCCAAUGAGCUAAGUUGGAAUCCUCCACGACAGGGGACUUUCAUGACCAGGUGUUGCAACUUGGCGGAUCAGCUAGAGGAUUUAGCCAAGGUCCAGAGUCAGCUGCAGUUGAUUAUGAAACAAUUGGAAGAAGUAUUCGGCGUUCAGGGGGCCUUGGUCUAUGGGGGAUACUACCUCUCCUCGGUAUCAUAUAUAUACCUGAUCUACAGUAUCCUUAAAUAUGGCUACGAAAAUAUGAACAUGACUCUAACCUCUGUGAUCCUGUCUUUAGUUUGGUGCUUUUUUUACUACCUCGAUGGUAUGCUAAAUAUGUCCGUUAUGCUAUAUGUCCAGGAUGAUCACGAGGAAAUGCUCCGUCUACUGGAAGAGCGAACCCUAUUUGCACCCGGGUUGGAUGUUCGUCUCGAGGAAGCCUUUGAAAAACUCCAGCUCCAGCUGAUUCGAAAUCCUUUUAAAAUUGAUGUAAUGAAAUUGUACGACGUCAAUCGAGGAACUACCAUGGCCAUGUUUGCAAAUCUUUUAUCGCAUUCAAUCUUCCUAAUUCAAUAUGAUAUGGAGAACUUUGAAAAAGAAAGUAUGUAAUUUAUUAAC